AUGGUUAAAGGAGAAUAAAUUUCUUUUUUUUCUACAAAAAAUCCAAACGAAUCACCUAUACCACUACAUAAAGCUAUUACAAAAUCAUAUUAAGAAAUAGAAAAAUAAAAUACUUAAAAACAACAUGAUUAUAUUAGAAAACCAUUGUAAGAUAUUACAAACACAAUUUAACAUUAAAGUGAUUAUAAAAAGAAGUCAGAAAAAAUUUAAACUUAACCUAAACUAACUAAUAAAUAUGCACAUUUGACAUUUCUUAAUAGAACUGCUGAAAAAAAGUAUAGAACUCUUCUUUUCAUAGACAGAGAACUCAAUUUCCCAUAAGAAUAUCUAUAGAAAUUCUAAGUGAUAAUGAUACAGAAUCAGAUGAUGAACAAAUAUUUAGUGCUAUAAAUAAAUUAAAAUAGUCCUUACUAUUAGAAAUUAAUAAACAAAAAUAAUAAUUAAUUAGCAAUUCAGAUCAACAACCAGUACUAUGAUAAAAUAUAUAAUAUAAGUUAAGCUAAAAUAAUUUAGCUUAAAUUUGUAAAUUUUUUGUUUAAAAUAUUUAAAAAAAAGUAGUUAAAAUUGUUAGAAAAAUUAAAAUAUUUGCUCUAAAACACAGUCGAAUAUUUAUAUAUAUAUUUAAAUACUAUUUAUUUUUAUUAAUUAGUUUAUUUUAUUAAAUUUAAUAUCUUCUUUAGUUUUAAUUGA